AUGCAGCUCCUCUCCUUCCUGGCCGCCGGUCUGGUCGCCGCCACCGGCGUGCACUCCUUCGGCAUCGGGAUCUCGGGUGUUGCUCUCGGCUUGGUCCUCGUCCUCGCUCAAGCAGCGCCCUUCAUUCCCGAAACGGCCUCUUCCAACCUUAAGAGGCAGGACGGGAGGUGCAGAUCGAGGAACCCCGCCGAUUGCCAGAAGGAAGAGACACGCGAACGAUCCGGUGGCGCCGUCGUCGCUGCCGAAGCCGCCGCGGGUCCGGAAGACGAAGACCUCGAGGAGAGGCAGGGCGGGAGGUGUCAGUCGGCUGAUCCUCGCGAUUGCCAGAAGGACAAGCGAGAGGAGCUCGACGCGGCCCGUCUGGAAGACGAAGAGGAGGAGAAGUGA